CGCCCGUGCGUCAUUGCGUCAUCACACGCACAGUGUUUUUGCUUCGUCUCUUUCAAACCGCGGAGAGUCUCUUCGUUUACACCCUCGGUGUUUCCUCUCGGUGUGGACUCUCGCGGUUCAUCCGGUGCUCGCGCGCUCGUGGCGGAUCUCGAGGAGCGGCGCGAGGCUCGGUGACGCGGGACGCGGCGAAAGCGGAGGGUUUUCUGAGGCGAAUUAUUGCGCAUGUUCAUGAACCGCCCGAAUGAACGCGGAUCAAUAAUACACCGAGAUCUGAUCAAAACACGGCGGAACCCGACUAAAGGAUCCGUUCUGUGAUUGGAGUCCCACCGAGACGAGCCUGAUCGAGCUGAUCGAUACCUGAUCGAUAUCUGAGGAGAUGUGCGCGCACUGAUCGCCUCAGGAUCGAUAUCUGAUCGAUAACACACGCUGGAGCACCUCAGGAGGAUGCGAUGGUCACAUUAGACAGGUGUGCUCUUCCUCCUCCUCCUCAGGUGUGUCGGAUCAGCUGGAUGUGACACACACACACACACACACACACACACACACAUCAUGCAGGCUCCGCCCCUCCAGUAUGAUUUCUACAGUGAGGAGAACGCGCCCAAAUGGAGAGGACUGCUGGUGCCAUCACUCAACAAGGUGCUGAGUCAGGUGCACCCGAAGCUGACGUCCCAGCAGGAGGCGCUGCAGUACAUCGAGGGUCUGAUCCUGGUGCUGCUCAACACCCUCUGUCAGGCUCAGCCUCGCACCGUACAGGACGUGGAGGAGCGUGUUCAGAGGAGUUUCCCGCACCCCAUCGAGAAAUGGGCCAUCGCCGACGCUCAGAACGCCCUCGACAAGAGGAAGAGGAGGGGCCCGCUGGCACUUCCUGUCGACAAGAUCCACCCGCUGCUCAAGGAGGUUCUGGGUUAUAAGAUCGAUCAUCAGGUGUCGGUGUACAUCGUGGCGGUGCUGGAGUACAUCUCUGCAGAUAUCCUGAAGCUGGCCGGAAACUACGUGAGGAACAUCCGUCACUAUGAGAUCUCGCAGCAGGACAUCACUGUGGCCAUGUGUGCGGACAAGGUGCUGAUGGACAUGUUCCACCAGGUGGAGGAGGACAUCAGUGUGUUUCCUCUGAUGGACGAGGAGCCGUCGGCGGCUGAGGAGCAGAUGUACUAUGAUCUGGUGAAGGCCUUCAUGGCGGAGCUGCGUCAGUAUCUGCGCGACCUGAACCUCAUCAUCAAGGUUUUCCGUGAGCCCUUCGCCUCCAACACCAUGCUGUUCUCUCCUCACGACGUGGAGAACAUCUUCAGCCGGAUCGUGGACAUCCACGAGGUGACGGUGAAGCUGCUGGGGUUGAUCGAGGACACGGUGGAGAUGACGGACGAGGGCAGUCCUCAUCCGCUGGUGGGCUACUGCUUCGAGGACCUUGCCGAGGAGCUGGCCUUUGACCCCUACGAGACGUACGCACAGGAUAUCCUGCGCAGCGGCUUCCACGAUCACUUCCUGAGUCAGCUGUCCAAGCCCGGAGCGGCGCUGUACCUGCAGUCCAUCUGUGAAGGCUUCAAGGAGGCGGUGCAGUACGUGUUGCCACGGUUACUCCUCACGCCCCUCUACCACUGUCUGCAUUACUUCGAGAUUCUGAAGCAACUGGAGGAGAAGAGCGAGGAUGAGGAGGAUAAAGAGUGUCUGAAGCAGGCCAUCACCGCCCUCCUGAACCUGCAGAGCAGCAUGGAGAGAAUCUGCUCCAAGAGCCUCGCCAAGAGACGCCUCAGCGAGUCGGCGUGCCGCUUCUACAGUCAGCAGAUGAAGGGCAAACAUCUGGCCAUCAAGAAGAUGAAUGAGAUCCAGAGGAACAUCGACGGCUGGGAGGGCAAAGACAUCGGCCAGUGCUGCAACGAGUUCAUCAUGGAGGGGACGCUCACACGGGUCGGAGCCAAACACGAGCGCCACAUCUUCCUGUUCGACGGCCUGAUGAUCUGCUGCAAGUCCAACCACGGCCAGCCGCGUCUGCCCGGAGCCAGCGCCGCCGAGUACCGGCUCAAGGAGAAGUUCUUCAUGAGGAAGGUCCAGAUCAACGACAAGGACGACAAGGAGGGCGAGUACCGGCACGCCUUCGAGAUCAUCCUGAAGGACGGGAACAGCGUGGUGUUCGCUGCUAAAUCAGCGGAGGAGAAGAACGGCUGGAUGUCGGCGCUGAUCUCGCUGCAGUACCGCUCCACGCUGGAGCGCAUGCUGGACACGGCCAUGAUGCAGGAGGAGAAGGAGGAGCAGAUGAGGCUCCCCGGGGCCGAGGUGUACCGCUUCGCUCAGCCCGACUCCGAGGAGAACGUGGUGUUCGAGGAGAACGUCCAGUCCAAAUCCGGCAUCCCCAUCAUCAAAGCCGGAACGGUGCUGAAGCUCAUCGAGCGGCUGACCUUCCACAUGUACGCCGAUCCUAACUUCGUCAGGACGUUCCUGACCACGUACCGGUCGUUCUGUAAACCUCAGGAGCUGCUGGGUCUGCUCAUGGAGAGGUUUGAGAUUCCUGAACCUAAACCCACGGAAGCGGAUCAGAUGGCCAUCGAGAACGGAGACCAGCCGCAGAGCGCAGAACUCAAACGCUUCCGCAAAGAGUUCGUCCAGCCGGUGCAGCUCAGGGUGUUGAAUGUGUGCAGGCACUGGGUGGAGCAUCACUUCUAUGACUUCGAGAGAGACGCUCAGCUGCUGCGGAGACUGGAGGAGUUCAUCGGCACGGUCAGAGGUAAGGCCAUGAAGAAGUGGGUGGAGUCUAUCACGAAGAUCAUCCAGAGGAAGAAACAGGCUCAAGCCAACGGCCCCAGUCACAUCACGUUCGAGAGCUUGCCGCCUCCCAUCGAGUGGCACCUGUGUAAAGCAGGACAGAUGGAUCAGUUUGACCUCAUGACCCUUCACCCCAUCGAGAUCGCCCGACAGCUCACACUGCUGGAGUCAGACUUCUACAGAGCGGUUCAGCCGUCAGAGCUGGUGGGCAGUGUUUGGACUAAAGAAGACAAGGAGAUCAACUCCCCGAACCUGCUGCGAAUGAUCCGCCACACCACCAACCUCACGCUGUGGUUCGAGAAGUGCAUCGUAGAAACGGAGAACGUGGAGGAGCGUGUGGCUGUCGUAUCGCGCAUCAUCGAGAUCCUGCAGGUCUUUCAGGAGCUCAAUAACUUCAACGGCGUUCUGGAGGUGGUGAGCGCCAUGAACUCGUCGCCCGUCUACAGACUCGACCACACCUUUGAGCAAAUCCCCAGCAGACAGAGGAAGACUCUGGAGGAAGCUCAUGAACUCAGUGAAGAUCAUUAUAAGAAAUAUCUGGCUAAGCUCAGGUCCAUCAACCCGCCCUGUGUGCCCUUCUUUGGGAUUUAUUUAACAAAUAUUCUGAAAACUGAGGAAGGAAAUCCAGACUUCCUGAAGAGACACGGCAAAGAGCUGAUCAACUUCAGCAAACGGCGGAAAGUGGCGGAAAUAACGGGAGAAAUCCAGCAGUACCAGAACCAGCCGUACUGCCUCCGUGUGGAGAACGACAUACAGAAGUUCUUUGAGAACCUGAACCCGAUGGAGGACAUGACGGAGAAGGAGUUCGCCGACUAUCUGUUCAACAAAUCUCUGGAGAUCGAGCCGCGUAACGCUCGCACACUGCCUCGAUUCCCAAAGAAGUACAGCUAUCCUCUGAAGUCUCCGGGUGUUCGCCCGUCCACCGUCCGCCCAGGAACCAUGCGGCACCCGACGCCGCUGCAGAACGAGCCCCGAAAGAUCAGCUACAGCCGCAUCCCGGACAGUGAGACGGAGAGCAGCGCCGCUUCAGCUCCCAACUCUCCCCGCACUCCACUGACGCCUCCAGCAGCCUCCACCACAUCCAGCUCCACCGACAUCUGCAGCGUGUUCGACUCGCCACAGCCGCCCUCCAGCCCCUUCCACUCCAGAUCUUCCUCAGUGUCCUCGAUGAUGAGUUUCCUCCGGAAUGACGAGCUUCCCGUUCCUCCGCCGAUCCCACCGCGCCGCCGGCCGGAGUCUGCGCCCGCCGAGGCCUCGCCCUCCAAGAUGAUGUCCAAGCACCUGGACAGUCCUCCGGCGAUCCCCCCACGGCACCCCACCACUAAAGUGUACUCGCCCCGUUACUCUCUGACAGAGCCGCCCGACAGCCCCCCCACCCUGCCGCCGCGGGAGCCGGUGCGGACCCCAGACGUGUUCUCCAGCUCCCCGCUGCACCUGCAGCCGCCUCCACCGGGACGCCGCUCCGAAGCCAGCCAGGCCUUCUUCCCUCCGCAGAUGCCCGGGCCACCCGUCCCGCCGCGCCACAGCACCUCGCAGUCACCCAUCCCCAAACUCCCGCCCAAGACCUACAAGAGAGAGUCGGUGCACCGUGACGGGCCGCCGCUGCUGGAGAACGCCAACCCCUCGUAGACGCGCUUACAGACAGUGCUGCAGACCAGACGACAGCAACAUGUGCCCUUAAAGGAGCGGUUCAGCAGAGAAACGGGAAUUCUGUCAGUGCUUAGUCACCCUCAAGCUGCUCCAAACCUACAUGAGUUUCUUUCUGCUGCUGAACACAAAGAAUACGUGUUUUCCAUGUAAUGGAAAUAAAGGGGAACUGGAAAUUUGCUACCAGUAUUCUUCAAAAAUAAUUAAAAGACAACCCCAAAACAUUUAUAUUUUUAGAAUGUUGGUAACCAAACAGCUGACGGCACCCAUAGACUUCCAUAGUAUUUAUGCUCCAUGUAAUAGUCAGUGGGAACCAAAAUUGUUUUGUUACCAACAUUUUUUUAAUAAUUAGAAGACACUUAGAAGAACCCCUCAAAAAAAAAAAAAAAAAAAUGCAUGUUGGUAACCAAACAGCUGACGGCACCCAUAGACUUCCAUAGUAUUUUAAGCCCAUAUAAUGGAAAUCAAGGGGAACUGAAAUUUUGUUAACAUUCUUAAAAAUAAUUAGAACACACUUAGAAAAACCGUAAAAAAAAAAAUAUAUAAUGUUGAUAACCAAACAGUUGACGGCACCCAUAGACUACCAUAGUAGUUUUUGACCAUCUAAUCAAUGGGAACGAAAGCAUUCUUCAAAAUAUUUAGAAGACAUUUAGAAUUACUCGAAGAUAGUUUGAGAAAUGUUGGUGAUGGCUGAUGGCACCCAUAGACUUCCAUAGUAUUUUUUGCCCAUAUAAUGGAAAUCAAAGGGAACUGAAGUUUUGUUACCAACAUUUUUAAAAAUAAAUAGAACACAUUUUAGAAUAUUGGUAACCAAACAGCUGACGGCACCCAUAGACCAUAGUAUUUUUUGCCCAUAUAAUGAACUGAAAUCUUAACAUUCUUAAAAAUAAUUAGAAAACAUUUAUGAGGACACAAAAGAAGAUAUUAGUGCUGGGCAACAAUUAAUCAUUACUAACCACAUCCUGAAUAAAAACAAUUCUGUACAUAAUAUAUGUGUGUGUGUGUGUGUGUACUGUAUAUAUUUAUUAUGGGUGUAUAUAUAAAUACACACACAUGCAUGUAUAUUUUUAAGAAAAAUAUGUUUAUAUAUUUAAUAUAUUUAUGUAAAAUAUAAAUUAUAUGAAUAUAAAUAUAUACAUGUAAAUAUUUUCUUAACAUAUAUUGUAUGUGUGUAUCUUUAUAUAUACAUAAUAAAUAUCCACAGUACACACACAUAUAUGAUAAAAACAAUAACUUAUUUUAGAUGUGAUUAAUCAUUGCCCAGCAUUAGAAGAUACUGAGAGAACUGUGAGUGACCAGAUAAUUGAUGGCACCCAUUGACAUCCAUUGUAUUUUUUUUUCCUCCAUAGUCAAUGGCUACCGUCAACUGUUUGUUUGCCAACAUCUGUUUUGCGUUCAGCAGAAGAAAGAAACUCGUACAGGUUUGUAACAUCUCGUGGAUGAGUAAAUGAUGGCGGGAUUGUAAUCUUGGGUGAACUGGCCCUUUAAAUUCAUCCUUCCGAGACAACGAUUGUGUUUCCAUAAAGUGCAAAUCACGCCCGUUUGGGGAACUCUGUAUUGUUUAGUUUUUUUGUCUUUCGUGUAGCUGUUUUGUCUCAUGUUCGUUUCAUUUCACGGCUUGGCUGGUUUCCUGCAGUCAUGUCUGAUUCCUGAACACACACUUCUGCUGGAUGACAGACUGAACGGAGCAGCUCUUCUGCUGACGGAGAACGCUCUCUGGAUUAUUUCUGGUGUUCUAGACUCACUCGAGAGCCAGUAGACUGAAGAGCACCAGGAGUUUAAGGUACCCUCACACCAAAAAGAGGUACUGGAGAAACCUUCAAGAAACACACGUGAUUGUCCUCUAUGUGUUGGAACUUUUAUUUUCUCAAUCAUUUCUUGUUUUGCCAAUAAGUAUGUAAAGAUGAAACGAUCGCCUUCUUAAAGCAAGGGAAUAAAGUGUUUCUACCACUGUAUGCCAAA